UUGAGCGUCAUUGAGAGCGGUUCAGAGCGAUCCUCCACAAGUUUUGGGAAUUUGGGAAGUAUUGUAUUGGGGAAUACUGUUGUAGUAUGGUAUGGAAACAGUAUUAGAAGUACUUAAGUGAAAUUAAUUGUUUGAAGAUAUACGGGGCGUAUGGUCAUAGUGAACUAUGUGGAAAUUAUCUCAGCAGUCUAGAGAAAUAAGAUAAUGGGAAACUAAGUUCUCACACAUACUAUUGGUAUUUGUUCUUUAAAAUAGCAAAUAUGAUAUUCGCCAGGUGUUCUCUAAUAACAAUUGCAAAGAAGUCUGCAAGAGAGACCACGUGGUUUGUACAGCAUCAGGAAAUAUGUACGCAGCCAUCAAAUAGCUUCAGAAGAUACGUAUACAAGGAGACCGACUUGAAAAUACAUACAGAAAGAACCCACAUUAUAAGACUGUGUUCGAAUUUUAAUAUGGGCAAUGAAACAGUAUUACCAAAGCAAACUCAAGUUGUUAUAUGUGGAGCAGGAACAGUAGCCAAUUCUGUUGCAUAUCAUCUGGUACAGAAUGGGUGGAAUGACAUCGUAGUGCUUGAACAGAAAAAAAUUGGAAGUGGUACCUCACAUUUUGGUUCUGGUACUCUAGGUCUUUUCAAACCAAUAGCAGACAGAAAUCUCAUAAUGUACAGCAUCAAACUGUAUAGAAGAUUACAAGAACUGGGUUAUGAUAUAGGAUUUAAGCAGUGUGGCAGUGUAAAUUUGGCCCAGACAAAAGAUCGCUUGAUUGCUUUAAAACGACAAAUGGCUUAUCAUCAGGCAACAGGUCUUCAUUGUGAAGUUGUUGGGAACAAGGAACUGAAGAAUUUUCAUCCAUAUCUGAAAACUGAAGACUUAGAAGGUGCAAUAUGGGUACCUGAGGAUGCUGUAGCUAAACCUCAAGCUAUAUGUAAAGCAUUAGCAAAACUUGCUAAAGAAGGAGGUGCAUGUUAUGUGGAGAACUGUCAAGUGCUACAAGUCUUAACAGAGAAUUCCCGUGUAAAGGGGGUGGAGACCAACAUGGGUACAGUUUUCUGCGAGUAUUUUGUCAACUGUGCUGGCAUGGUAAGGAAAUGGUAUUCUUGGGCACGGGAUCUGGGUUUAAAAUGUUCUCCAAGAGUUCGAGUGCCAGCCAUUCCAGCUGAGCACUUCUAUGUUACUACUUCUUGUUUUGAACCAAAGCUUGAUUCCAUGCUACCAUGUGUCAGAGAUUAUGAUUCUCACACAUAUGUUCGAGAAUGGGAAGGUGGCUUCAUGGUUGGUGGGUUUGAACUGGAAGCUAAACCAGCUUUUGGUGGUUCAGGGAUACCUGAAGACUGGAAGAAUAAGCUACCACAGGACUGGAAUCAUUUUAUGCCACUUUGGGAAAAGGCUAUACACCGUUUGCCCAUACUUAAAGAUGUCCAUAAUCCAGUGCUCACAAAUUCGCCAGACAAUUUUACUCCUGAUGGACGCUGGAUCCUAGGAGAGACACCAGAGGUGACCAAUUACUUUGUGUCUGUAGGGAUGAAUGGUAAUUCCCUACAAGGAGCUGGUGGAAUUGGUAAAGCUAUGGCAGAGUGGAUUAUUGAAGGGGUACCAACAACAGAGUUGAUUCCAUUUAGCAUUCAACGUUUCCUGGAUCUGCACAAUAAUAGACAAUACCUCCUGCAACGCACUAGGGAAGUAGUUGGAAGGCACUACUCAAUUAUGUAUCCACACCAAUGUGAGUACAAGUAUGCUCGCAAGCUUCGGUGCUCUCCGUUAUACAGUGUAUUGGAAAAGCGGGGUGCUGUAUUUGGGACAAGGAUGGCUUAUGAGCGAGCUGUUUACUUUGAUUCUACAUAUAAAGAUGGUGAUCCUUUGCCUCGGAUGCCACCAGGAAGCUUCUAUAAACCAAAGUUUUUUGAUUUCAUGCGUGAAGAGUAUUUGGCUUGCAGAGAAGGUGUAGGCAUCAUUGAUAUGUCUUCAUUUUCAAAGAUAGAAAUUAAGUCAAGUGGCAGUCAAGUUGUAGAUUAUCUUCAGCGGGUGUGUUCAAAUGAUGUCAACAUCCCAGUAGGAGGGAUAGUUCACACAGGAAUGCAGAAUGAGCUUGGUGGAUAUGAAAAUGACUGCAUGAUUGUCCGCCAGAAUGAUAAUUCUUUCUUCAUGGUAUCUCCUACAAAUCAGCAGACUCGUACCUUUGAAUGGAUGCAGCGUAACCUUCCUCCUGACCAUUCUGUGGCACUCACUGAUAUGACAUCAAUGUAUACAGUAAUAAAUGUCGUUGGCCCAAAAUCCCGUGACCUGAUGUCAGAAUUGUCCAAUUCUGAUGUGAAUCUUCUUCCAUUUACUUACAAAAAAGUGAAUGUGGGUUAUGCCUCUGAUGUUAUGGUAAUGUCCUUCACUCAUACAGGAGAACCUGGAUACUGCUUAUAUGUUCCUUCAGAAUAUGCUCUUCAUGUAUAUGAUCGACUCAUGACGGUCGGCCGUGACUAUGGAGCAAGAGAUGUGGGUUGCCUCACACAGCGUUUCAUGCGCAUUGAGAAGUUCAUUGCUUUCUGGGCUGAGGAGCUGACGAGCCUCACAACCCCAUUUGAGGCUGGUGCAGGUCAUCGUGUAAAAUUAGACAAAGAAUACUUCAUUGGCAAGUUUGCUCUCCAACGCCAGAAAGAACAAGGAGUCACCCAGAGACUUGUGUUCUUUGUUUUGGAAGAUAUUGAUCCAGAUAUACAUAUUUGGCCAUGGGGAGGAGAGCCAUUAUACAGAAAUGGCGAGUUUGUGGGAACUGUUACAUCAGCUGGAUAUGGAUUUACAUUGGACAAGUUGAUAUGUGUUGGUUAUAUUCGACACCCUGGCAUGACCAUGGGAGGUUCAAAUGAUCGUCCAGUAGUUACAAAUGAAUUCAUCAUGGCUCGUAAUGCAAGAUAUGAAAUUGAUAUUGCUGGUCAACGAUUUCUGGCUAAACCUCAUAUACAUGCACCACAUAUCCCACACGUCAACAUGGAUUCUACCAGCCGUAGAUACCGACCAACUGUUGUCAGUCUUAAAACUGUAUAAACAUGCACAUAAGGGUCAUUAUUUCAUGUUGCUGCUGCUUAAGUAAUAAUGCAAGAAGUAACUGAAGACAUUUUUCAGGCUAUGAUUUAAGUUGCAUACAUUCAUUACUAAUCAUUAAGUAUUUAUUUUAUGAUUGUCAUUACUAGAUUAUAGUUAAAAGUACUAAGAUGAAAAAUAUUAGAAGCUGAACUUUUUAUAAUCAAUUCUCAGUACAAAUGCUAUAUGUCAAAAUUAUGAUCUAGUUGGCUUUUAGGGAAUAUUUACAUCCCCACUUAUUACUCAGCACAGACAGGCUAACAGUAUUUACAUCCCCACUUAUUACUCAGCACAGACAGGCUAACAGUAUUUACAUCCCCACUUAUUACUCAGCACAGACAGGCUAGCAAUAAUGUAUUAUGUAGGAUUUGAGUUUUUUGCAGCAGUGACCUGAACCAUACCAUCUUCUGGGAUGUUACACUAUGUAGUCCACAACAUAGUUCAUGGCCAUUUUGGAGGAACAUGCUGUCUCCAUCUUUGGGGUCUCAAGGAAUAAACCAAGCAACAGAAAAGCAACAUUUAU